CGGCAAGUGGGCAGUCUCGAGCCGGCGCCACAUCGAUCGGCUGAUUCACAUCGCGCAGUACUUAACAGCCUUAUUCGACGAUAUUUCGACAGUCUACCAUCAAAAAUAUGUCUACACUUUUAACGCUCUACUCCAUUGGAAUAAGGCGAAAGAUGUGUAGAUAUCUUUAGCGCCGAUCAGACAUGUCCUGUUUCGCUACUGCGCGAAUUUCCUGUGAUUCAUUUGAAUGUGGAGGUGCCAAUUUCAGCCGGCUGUAGUGCCGGCCACAUGCGUGGCAGGAGUGCCAGUGUGCAGUCGGUGUACAAAUGUGUUUUUUUUUCUUUACGAUAACAUAUGAGAACAAGUGUCUGGAUGCGGUGUGAUUUAUUUUUAUCAUGGAGCUGAUGCUUUUUGUGAUAACGUUUCUGUGGUCUUUAAAAAUGUCUUCCAGCAUACGAUGCUACAAUUGCGAGGUGGAACACACCACGGCGUACAACAAAGCGGCCAAGACGUUUCAAGCCACGCAAACGUGCGACCAUUUCAACGGCAGCGACGUCAGCGCUGUCGAGUGUCCGGAGUCAACCAUGUGCGUCAAGCGGGUGACUACACAAGACAUAGGACCUGAUCUUUCAUCCAGAAGCGUCAGACGCGGCUGCGCCCCUCAAACCACCGAGGGCAUGCAAGAAAAAGUGGGCAGACACUGGGUGCCAGUCAACAAAAUCUACGAAGUCUACGAAGAGGGUUGCAUAGACGACCCGAGCAACGAACACAAGCUCACGAAGACAGUGUUGUGUUACUGCAGGGGGGACUUAUGUAAUAGUAGUGGGAGACUAUCUGUACCCGCUACUUUACUGAUAACGGGAACAAUGCUCCUAUUUCGUUCGUGUACUUAAAAUUGUGUUAUCAGUGUAUUUAUUUGGUAAUUUAGAGCAGUUUAUUUUAGGUUAUGAUUUAAGGUGAUAAGUAUUUAGAAGGAUACAGUAGAUAAUUAGUAACCGGUAGCCAUGUGUAAUUUUCAAUUUAGGUACUUAUUGAGGAAGACAAGGGGAUGUUUUCCCAUGUUAUACAAUUUGUUUUUCUCUCACUACUAGGCAAAGGCCUGAAAUCGUGAUCUGUAAGAGUCCUGAUUGAGUGCUGCUACUAGGUUACUAAUACUAACAAAAACUAAAUAAAAACUAAAAUUAUGAAUGAGGUGUAUCGUAAACUUUUAGAAAAUAUAGAUUAAUUGUAGUUAGAUAUUAUAAAUUAUAAUAUCAUAGACUUUUAAUAUUAUAAAACUGUAUUAAAUACGGGUUACUAUCUAAAGGUAAGGAGCCAGUAGUUUUAGGAGUCAUAAAUAUAUAGUUUUUAUGACAUAUUCGUUCAAAGAACCUAUUAUACUUAAAGUGCUUAUAAACUUUUUAUAAUAUAAUAAAUAUGAAUUUGAAUAUAGAUAGAUUACGAACAUUGAUCUAAAAAUACAAGGUACGCACUUUUAAAGUUAAGUAUCUAGGCAUAAACAAGCUCUCAAUGACGAAGCACUAAAAUAAAGUUGUGCUAUUCAUGGUAUGACCAGAGAUUUAGAAUGUUUCAUAUUAUUAAUGGUCAACAUUUUAUUACCCUUGAUUUUACAUUUAUUCCUAUAUUUACGUUGAAAAUAUAAUAUUAAUUGUAAGAAAAAUACCUAUAUAUUAUUAUCAAUUUUUUAUAUCCAAACGGACGAAUGAGGUAUGUAAAGCUACCAUCUUUUUCAGAUGUAUUCAUGUAAAAAUAUUAAAAAGAUGAUGUUUAUAUGAAGACUUCGUAAUCUGUCGAAUGACAUGCCCGUAUCUGUAAGUCUAUUUCGAUUUAUGGAUAUUACUGUAAUUUAUUGUUUUAUUUAUGUCAAGUAUUAUUAAAACUGAAUUAUAUUACUUGUACCUACAUACAUAAUGCAUGAAUUUACAAGGCCUAAGUCCUUGACUUCGUGCAAAUCUAGAUAAUUACUAACCUAUGUUAAAUGUGCACUAGCGUGACUCGCAUGAUGUUUUUUGUACGAAGGGAUAUGAUAAUGAUGCCAUCAUAUGAUCUACGUCUUCGUAUUAACUAUAUAGUCAUUUUCUAAUAUAAAGUAAAACUUUAAGCUCUUAUCUAUGUAUAAUUAAUUAUUUAUAAAAUUGUAUGGUUAAAUAGAUACUGCCUGUGCCUGUAUAAUAUAUUAUGAGGAUUGGUCAUGUGACAUUCCUAUUUUCGCAUUUAAUACUUACUCAUAAUUGUUAGAAUAUACCAAAGGCUAGUGUAAAAUUAAAUUGUAUAAAAAUAACAUUAAAAGUAUAAACAAAA